AGAGAGAGAGAGAGAGAGUAAUUAAUUAUAGUAAGACUCUUCGCAGUUCCCCAGCAAAGCAGUGAGCAAGCACUUCAUCAGUCUCCACUCCUCGAGCAUUAUUACAUUACACCUCAGUUUCAUUUCACCAUUUCUAGGUGUAAGUAAUGCUGCAGCAUUGCCGACAUUAACAAAAUCCGAAUGGGCAAGUGUCAUCAUCAUCCCGGCGGGAACAAUGUUCCCUCUUCCUUCUUCCGCCGCAUGAUCCUCGACGCCCUCCGCUGCGGCGGCGGAGGCAGAGGUCACAAGAAGCGUUCUCCUCCAGAUCAGCCACCACCCAGAUCUGAAUGUGAAUACAAGAAACCUCCCGGAUCCGACAACAAGUUGUCGGAUCUCUUGAGGUUGUCUGAGUUGUCAGAGGACAACGAGGAGGAGGAAGACAUCGGGCGUAAAAUGCAAAUGUUGGAGGAGUUGAAAAGAGUAGUGAAAUGCUUACAGAGUAGUGAUAGUAGCUGUGUUUUGGAUGGAGCUAAGGAAGUACGUCGACUUACUAAGGAUGAUUCUCAAGCAAGAACUAACUUAGCUUUGCUUGGUGCCAUUCCACCACUCAUCUCAUUACUUGAUGAUUCACAAGAUUCCGUUUCUCACAUUGCCUCUCUCUAUGCCCUCCUUAACCUUGCUAUUGCCAAUGAUCCAAACAAAGCAGCUAUUGUUAAGUCAGGGGCGAUACAUAAGAUGCUUAAGCUAGUAACUGAAUUCCCAAAUCCAGAGGUAGCUGAAGCUGUAGUUGCUAAUUUUCUUGGGUUGAGUGCUUUGGACUCCAAUAAACCCAUAAUUGGUUCAUCCGGAGCAAUUGCAUUCCUCGUCAAAACUUUGAAGAAUGUGGACAACAACACAAAUAAUAGUUGUCAAGAAGACUCGUUGAGAGCACUUUACAACCUUUCCAUCUCGCCAUUGAACGUGUUCCCCAUACUUGAGACUGAUCUCAUACAGUAUAUCAUGAGCAAAUUGGGAGAUAUGGAUGUAAGCGAGAGAAUUCUGUCCAUUCUUUGCAAUGUAGUAUCAGUAGCAGCAGAGGCCCGGAAGGCGAUUAAUAGUGUACCGGAUGCCUUUUCCAUGUUGAUUGACGUUCUGAGUUGGGCAGAUGCACCUGGUUGCCAAGAGAAAGCAUCAUAUAUUUUGAUGGUGAUGGCUCACAAGUCAUAUGGAGAUAGACAGGCAAUGAUUGAGGCUGGAGUUGCUUCAGCCCUGCUCGAAUUGACCCUUCUAGGCAGCACAUUGGCUCAAAAGCGGGCAUCCAGAAUCUUGGAAUGCUUGAGGGUGGACAAAGGAAAGCAAGUUUCUGAAAACUAUGGAGGUGGUGGAGGUGGUAUGAGCGCCGCCAUAUCUGCCCCACAAGCUUCUACAACAUAUUCGUCGACUGUUCAAUUGAAAGAUCGGAUGGAGGAUGCUAUGAUGAGUGAAGAGAAAAAAGCAGUGAAGCAAUUAGUUCAGCAGAGCUUACAGAAUAACAUGAAGAGGAUAGUGAAGAGGGCUAAUCUACCCCAUGAAUUUCUUCCUUCUGAUCAUUUGAAAACUCUCACAGCAAGCUCAACUUCUAAGAGCGUGCCAUUUUGAGACGACUCAGUAUUUGGUAGUUUUGAAAUUUCUGUUUAAGGUAUGUGGUUAUUUGUUCAAAUGCCAAUAUGAAAAUUUUCUACUUAGGUGUACAAAGUGCUGCAUCGUUGGGCAUACCAGGUUCACCAGAAGCAAAUUUAAUACUUACCAAAAAAGGGAAGAAAUUUAAUGCAACCAAGAUCGUCUGAAAAACUUGUGAGCAUGAGCUCUCCUUAUAGUCUGUAAAACCAGCGCAAAGAGGUUAAUCAUUGCACAUUCAAAUUUUCAUAUCGAGGAUGCUGCAUGAGUCAGCUUGUGUUUAAUUGUGCAGGGAAGAAACAAAAAACUUCUAUUGUUUCUUUAAUUUCAUUCUUUAGUUGACUCUUUUAUUGUGUAGAGAUUCUAUUGCUAGUUUUGCUGA